AUGGAAGCAAAGCACUUGAUUGAAUCCAUCAUCAGAGCGCUCAUGUUUACAGCGGGGAUCCUAGGAAACAACUGGCUGGCUAUAGCGUCUUUCCCCAGGCAGAAAUCUGGCAUCCGUACGAAUGAGAUCCUUUUCAUCAACUUGGCCAUCUCCAACCUCAUCACCAACUGCCUGGUGGACCUGCCUGACACCGUAGCAGAUUUUGUUGGGCGGUGGUUCUUUGGAGACAUCUUCUGUGGAGUAUUUAGAUUUUGUUCUGACCUCUCUGAAACCAGCAGCAUCCUAACGACCCUCUUCAUCAGCGUUUUUUGGCACCAGAAGCUGGUCGGAUCCCUAAAACGUGGAGGUGCCCAGGUGCAGAUGGACAGCCUGCACCUUGUGGGUUGUCUACUGGCUGGGAGCUGGACGGUUUCUGUGGUUUUCAGCAUCCCACACUUUUUCUUUAUAUCAGUGGAGGGAAAGAAUGAGAGCCAUGAAAACUGUGUAGAUGUUUUUCCUAAUCCAGUUGCUCAGAAAACCUAUGAGAUCAUUUAUUUAACCAUGGCCAAUGCUUUCCCUAUUGCAGGGAUCUUAUAUGCAAGUAUCCAGAUUGUUGUUUCUUUGCUUCAAAACCAGAGGCGCAUAGGCAGCCAUUUUUCUCAUCCAACCAAGGAGAGGGUUAAAGAAGAAAACAAUAGCACUGUUUCUGGUUCAGGCCCCAUCAACAAUGUCAAAGGUACACCCCCAGGUGAACCUGCUUCUUCCAGUCUAAAUGGAGGGCUGGCAGAUAACAGUCCACAAGCAUCUUCCCUAAACACAGAAACAGAUACAAACUGCAGAACUGGAGCUCAAUCAAGGUCCUUUCAAAUGCCAUCCAAGGUCAAACCCAACUCAGGGAUUCAGGUGAGAGCAGCAAAGAGUGUUGUCGCUGUAGCCAGUGUGGUCAUGGUCUGCUGGAUGACUCAUUUGCUCCUACGCAUAACCAACAACAUCCUCACUUCAUCAAUAGUGUUGGAGGUGGCCAGCUAUAUAGCAGCCUCCUACACCUCCAUCAUUCCCUACAUUUUCCUGCAUGGAGUGAAAAAACUUUCUUGUUCAUGUAAGAAAUAA